GUUUAGUUGUCGUCGACAGGUUGCGGCCGCGAGGGGAGCGGAGAAAGGGGGGGAAAAAAGAUGGAAACUAACCCUAAUCUCGAUCUCGACGGCGAGGGCGGCGCCGGCGCCGGCGCCUCGUCGGGCCGUUCUUUGCUGCCGAAAGGAAGUGGUAGGUUCCGCCGCUCGUCGGCCCGUUGUUCGCUGCCGAAAGGGAGUGAUAGGUUCCGCCGCUCACUAUCGCCGGUGAACUCGCGGUCGCUCCUAGAAGGACGGGAUGUGCGGGACGCUGUUUUCCCCAACAAACUCUUCGAUAAAGCCUUCGGCCAGCCUCUUCCAGCGCCCGUAACGCCGUCUCUGGUACCAUCGCCCGCUUACAUCGUGCGCCCCAACCUGCCGACCCCUUCCGAGCCACACGGAUUGAAUUUCAAGUUUGCCCCACUUGUUGGCGAUGGGAAGAUGCAAAUGGAUGUGGAGGGUGCCCCACUUGUUGGCGAUGGGAAGAUGCAUAUGGUUGUGGAGAGUACCCCACUUGUUGGCGAUGGCAAGAUGCAUAUGGUUGUGGAGGAGGAAAUGACAACAGCUCUGGCUGUUCAUCAGCCUUCAAGUCAGAGAAGUCAGAGGAUCAUAGUGAUUGAGAUGAUGGCAGAUGUUGGCUCACCUUCCUCUCCUGGCUCCCCCUACUCCCCUAGUUCCCCUUCUUCUCAUCGAGACGCUCCCUCGGUCCGCUUCUCCUCUCGAGGCAUCCGUAACCAUAAGAUGCCUCAGUGUGAUAUAGACAGAUCAGACACUGAAGAAGAUCUAUAUUCAUCGUGUGAGGAGGAUCCCUACUUCAAUAGCCUUGUGGAUGAUUUCAUCGGUGCAGUUACCAGCACCGAUCUACUUGCAUCAUCACCUGAAAUUGACUAUAUGGCAGCUAAUCAAAGUCAAUCUCUUUUCUAUGCUGAAAGUGCAUUAAAACAUUAUAACAACAAUGAUGAGAACAAGAUAAAGUAUGAGUUAAUCAGUGCCAUUACAAGCAAUGCAAUUAUAGACCGGAGUGGUUAUGGUCAUGUAAACUUUGUUGCAAAAGGGGAUCUACCUGAUUCAGUGGAUGAGUUCUUUUUCGCAGAAGUACGUUGGGACAUUGAUUCUUAUGUGCCAGUUUGCAUGGUCUCCUUAGAAGGGAAGGAAAAAUCUGGUGGUUACCGUGACAUUGAAGUCGACUAUCCAAGAGGAGGUUUUGUGGGUGUUCCCGUCGAUAAGAAUCAUUGCUAUGCUUGUGGCGAUGGACUCAAGCAUCCAGAGGAUGGAACGUUAUAUGAGAGUGGUCAUAUCGCUUCCGGCAGUUAUUAUGACUAGCAGUUUUAUUGAAAUUGCAUUUUUAGAACUUUAUUUAGCUAGACUAGAAGUGUGCAAUCCUUUAUAUCUAUGCUAAACUAAAUUAGUACGGAGUAUACUCACCAUUCUACUUUGUAUACAUCUUGUUUGAUUUGGGUUGAACUCCGAGUUGUAUGUGAUACACCCGAAGACGUUAUUAUCGUUGCAAAUAUUGAAAAAGUCAUAGAAGGUGGCAAUCCACUCCUGGGAGUGGGGAUGGAUAUAUGUUGUCACAAGUAUGAUCCUAUGGACGGGACUAGCAAUUGGACAUGAUUUUAGGUAGAUUGUUGAACGGUGUUUCAUUACUUGUUAAAAAAUAAAAUAUUUAUGUUUCAUCAGUUA